AAUCAUCUUUUUUGUCCCUUUACUUGGUUUGAAACACAUUUGCGUCCGUGUUAAUCGUGGUUUCUGUCGACGCCAGGCCAGAGGAGGCAGAACAAAAAGGAUGUCUUUCUGCUCCCUGUGUUUUUCAUCACAGACAGGACGCUUUCCCGCGCUUCGCCACUUUGGGGCGCCGUUGAGCUUCGUUGCGGAAGGGGUUCCCCGUUAAUACCCCCCCUCCAUCCCUUCCCUCUACUUUUUCUUCUCCGCCUGUCUGCUCCCCUGCUUCACAACACAGUACAGUACACACUAGUCCUCUAGUAGUGGCAGCAGCCAACACAAGUGAGUUCAGUCUCUCCUCGUAGCUUCAGUUUCUGCUCUGUACAAACUAGCCAUUUAUCAUCAAUCAUGGCCGCCGGAGUACAAAUUUAACUCCUGUGUUUCCUCCCUGUCGUCUGAAGGGGAGGAUUUCUGUUUGAGGAAACAAAAUAAUAGUCCUCCACUGAUUUGGAUUUCCUCUUGGAAUGACAAUACAUCUCGCAAGGGAAAUACCAUUCAUGUCAAUACUCCAAAAUGCAGCCGCCGCCGAGGAAGGUCAAAGUGACACAGGAGCUGAAAAACACACACACAGAGCAGAUGACAAGACUGCACUUUAAACACCAGACUGAAUGUGACCUGCUGGAAGACUAUGAGGACCUACAGUCUGAAGAAGGGACAGCUGGAGAGGGACUAUGCACAGGCUCUGCAGAAGUUAGCAAGCCAGUACCUAAAGAGAGACUGGCCUGGAAUCAACCCUGAUGACCAGAGAACAGACUACAGGAACGUGUAUGCAGUGUGGAGGUCGUACUUGGAAGGAACGGUGCAGGUUAGCCAGUCCAGGCUCAACGUGUGUGACAACUACAAAGGUCAAGUAUCAGAGCCCGCUAAGACUGUUAGACUCUACAAAGAGCAGCAACUCAAAAAGACCAUAGAUCAGUUGAGUGGCAUUCAAGCAGAGCUGCAGGAGUCGGUGAAAGAAUUGGCCAAAGCCAAGAAAAAAUACUACGACUGUGAGCAGGUUGCCCAUGCUGUACGAGAGAAGGCUGACAUAGAGGCCAAGUCUAAACUGGGUCUUUUUCAGUCAAGAAUUAGUUUACAGAAAGCAAGUGUAAAGUUGAAAGCCAAGAGAAGUGACUGUAACUCCAAGGCGACACACGCCAGGAACGACUACUUGCUAACGCUAGCUGCUGCCAACGCUCACCAUGACCGCUAUUACCAUACAGAUCUACUGCACUGCAUACAGGCCUUGGAUGGCAGGAUCUAUGAGCAUGUGAAAGACUACCUGGUAGAGCUGAGUCGUACCGAGCUAGAGGCCUCCCAAGCCACACACAACACCUUCCAGUUCCUGUUGGACAAAUCCACCAGGGUAAUACAAGAGUACAACCAGCAGUUGUUCAUGCAGGAGAACCCAGUGUUUCACAAAGCACACGACUUCCAGUUCCAACCCAGCGAAUGUGACACGACUCUGAGCUCGGUGCCGCAGUUGGUGGACAUUGAGCCGUCGCCCGUCAGUGCCAUGAGAAUGACCCUGGCACAGAGUCGUCAGCUGGAGUCGGAGACUGGGACGACGGAGGAGCACAGUCUGAACAAAGAGGCCAGGAGAUGGGCAACCAGAGUGGCCAGAGAACACAAGAAUAUCAUACAUUACAAGAGAUGUCUGGAGGAGUGUGAGAGCCAUGGCUUGCCCCCCACAGAGCAAGGGAGACUAGAUCUGGAGUUGAAGAUAGAAGACACCAAAGAAAACAUGCGCAAAGCUGAGACAAUAAAGUUGAAAGCUGAGGCUCGGUUGGACCUUCUGCGGCAAGUGGGAGUUGCUGUGGAUACCUGGCUGAAGAGCGCCAUGAACCAGGUGAUGGAGGAGCUGGAGAAUGAACGUUGGGCCAGCUACACUUCCCAUGAUCCCUCACUGUCGGGCACAGUGGAUUUGGAGCGUGAGGAAGGAGAGGAGUGUGAAGAGAACAUGGAGGUUUUUGACGACAGCAGCUCCAGUCCUUCGGGAACCCUCCGAAACUACCCGCUAACCUGCAAAGUCCUCUACUCGUACAAGGCCUCUCAGCCGGAUGAGUUAACUAUUGAUGAACAGGAGAUGUUGGAGGUCAUUGAGGAUGGCGACAUGGAGGACUGGGUCAAGGCUCGCAAUAAGACAGGUCACAUUGGCUAUGUCCCAGAGAAAUACCUGCAGUUCCCAACCUCCAACAGUCUGCUCAGCAUGCUCCAGUCUCUGGCUACUCUCGAUGCUCGAUCGCACACCUCGUCCAAUUCCACCGAGCCCGAGCUGCACUUGAGCUGCAUCAAUGGAGACACAAACAUCAUUUUUGUCCGUGCACUUUAUGAUUACGAGGGCCAGGCGGACGAGGAACUCUCUUUUUCGGAGGGGGCGGUGAUCCGUCUGUUGAGCCGCGACACUCAGACAGACGAUGGCUUCUGGGAGGGGGAGCUCAACGGACGGGUGGGCGUCUUCCCCUCUGUGCUGGUAGAAGAUCUCACUGAAAAUGGGGAGACCAGUGGAGUGACAGGGCUGGGUGAUAUACAGAUUUCUCCGUCUGUGAAGUUGCCAUGUUCUCUGCCACCUCUCCCGCUGCAUGAACAACCUCCCAUCAGCCCUUUCACCAGCCCCGAGACCUCCACCCCGCCUCCUCUCCCACGCUCACCCUCCACCGCACUCAACGGGGAGCACAAGCCGCCACCGCCUGCCUCGUCACACAAGGGAUCGCUGCCAACCCACAAUCAAAGCUCUGGCAAGAGUCCAGUGUCUCCAGGAUUUCCUCAGCCACUGCGAUUCACCCCUGAUGGAGGCCCGGGAAAACUACGACCUGUGCGAGCUGCUCCUCCUCCACCCAAACAGCACCCCCGCCGAACACAGGAGAAGAGCGAGAAGUCGGAGGAGGUGGAGAUCACACUGGUGUGACGGACAGACAAGCUGGCAGACGGUUAUAGAAGACAGACAAAAUAAAACAGAUGACAAACAGACGCAUCCUACAGGCUGGGGAACUGAUUUGCUCUGAACUGAAUUCAGCUUAAACAAAGCGAUGUGAAGUAAACUGAACUGAACCACAUCCGAUGCCGCCCCUCCGGCCUCUUCAGCAUCUUCUCUCGUCCUCAAGUUGAGGAGGAGAGCAAAGAGAGGGGAUGAAUGCAGAGUACCCAAUUGAAUAAUCUCCGUAUUAGCUUCCUAAUGAAGUGCAGCAGUAGCCGCCCCCACGUCCCUCUCCGCCCUUCCCCGUCCUUCCAUUCUUGCCUUAAAACUUUACCUCAUCGGGCAGCAAACCAGAGCACACUGAAGAGGAGGACGAAUGUUAAGAGAGGGGGAGUGUGAGGGAAAGUUAAUGAUGGGUUUGGCAAGUUUAUCUCUCUGUACAGGAAGAACUUUAUGUUACUUUGAGAAAUUUCACUUUUCUAAAAACUAACCCUAAAACUAACAAAAUGUAGUAAAGGGUUAUAGGACAAGUCAAACAUAGAACUGAAUACAUAAUACUAUUAGUUAAAAUGUUUUAAAAGGAUUGUAAAAAUAAAUGUACAGCGGAAAACUUACUACCCCCCCGCAACAGCACCAGCUUUUACACACAUUUUCCUUAUGCAUAAAACAUAUAAGAAAAUUGCUUAUAUUUGGAGCAAAGUGGUUGACUGUGUAGCUAGCUAGCUUAACUGACAACAUGUCUAGCUAAAUACUCAGAGCACAGCGAGCUACCUAGCUGAAGCUAAUCAUCCAAAUACUUACUGCAUUUGGUUGAACAUCACUGUAAAACUCUGCUAACAGGAGCUAAAACAUUUUAGUUUACAUAAAAGUAACGCUAACAAAGCUAGCUAGCUAGAGUUUGGAACUUUUACAUUUAGAAUUAAAAGAAACAUGAAACACACACAUCUACAAAAUGUUGAGGAUGACACAAUAAAGACUUAUUUCCACUGUCGUCCUUCAUAAAGACAAGAGAAAUGCAAGAUGAAGUUGAUGUCUCUUCCAAGUAGCAUAGUAGCUUAGCAAAUAGCUUGCAGGCUAAAAGGUUAAAAGGCUUUAGCUACCGUUACAAGAGUUUAUACGCUAUUGGUGCAGCAGUAUGCAGUACAGUAUAUUGCUGAUCAACAUUAAGUGCAGUAGCUUCAGCUUGGUACCUAGCAUAGCUUGUGUGUUUAGCCACCAAUGUGUUCAGGUAAGCUAGCUCGCCAGACAGUUCUACGGUAGGCCUAUGUGGGGAGGAAAAUAGGGAAUAAAUAAAUACGUUAUUGUGUACCAAGAUCAAACCAUUUAAAAAUAAAUGUGUUGAAAACUAAAAUGCUGCAGAAAGAUCAAUAUUAAAUAACAGGAAAAAUAAAUGUACAUUAGUUUUUUGACUUAUCUGAAAUCUUUUACUAUAUUUUGAGUGUUGGGGCUCCACACAAAGUAAGCUCGAUGAGAGACGAUAAGUAUAGAACUUGCCAAACGUGUCAUGAUUUGGAUUGCAGUUGGGGUUGAAGUAAAUGGACAGAGAAACUGUGUGGUGUGUGAACGCAGUGUCGUUCCCCCCCCCCCCCCCCCCCUCACCAGCCCUUCCCUCGCCAUAUAUAGUCCUUAUCAUCAUACGUAUUCAAUGUGUAUUAGUACAGUACAUUACUGUUGUCAUAGGAAUGUUAUGCACAGCGUUUCAUAUAGAUUAACUCUGAUUGGAAUACCAUGUCUGAUAUGUAGUGGAAGUUUUAUCCUCAUCUUUUACUGAAAGGGCAUUGUAAAUACAGUAUGAAGGAGCGAUGAUAGAAGAGGAGGAGGGAUGGAGGGGAUGAAGGAACAAGAGAGACAAAGGAGGCUGGAUCCUCCUCUCUGCUCUUUCCUCCACCUCUCAUCCCACCCUUCCUUUCUUUCUCUCCCUCUUUUCUCUAAUGUCUGUUCUGUCCAUUGGCAGUCAGUGUGAAUUGAUGGCUAUCAUAUACACACAUCCAGUUACAUUAUAUUAUGCACACAUUGCUAUAUCUUCUCUCAUUCUGUGACCCUCUGUGUGCUUGUAUCACUGAUUGGUUCAGGAGGAGGCAGGUGAUGCUUUCAAAGGAACCGACAUUGUUGGUAUUCACUAUGUGGUGACAAAGAAAGGUUUUAUUUGAGAUGAUAUAGACACUGAUCAUAUUUGGGAUCAGGAGUUUUUAUUAAUCACAGAGUGAACUGUAUAGCUUUUACCCCGACAGAUCAUAUCUCCUCUCACGUUGAUUUUUGUUCUUUUAUAAAAUUGAUCAGUUCACCUAUUACAUAUAUCCUUACUUAGUUGACACGCAUUGCAUUCGCAGGUAUUAUUUCUCUCGCUUAACCGCAACACUAAGUGAGAAAACAUCCAUAAAAACAAAUGAACCUUUAGCAUUUCCAAUUUGAUAUCAUCCUUAUGUUUCCUUCGAUUAAUUGUGGUAGAUAGAGAAAAAAAUGAAACGAACACAUUGUGCUUAAUGGACGGAACUAGCAAACGACAUUCAAAUGGAGCUAAGUACAAUUCUGUUGUGUUUUUUUUUUACUCAAAAGUAAAUAAAUCUUCCCCCUUAAAUACCCUUCAAGCCUUUAAAACCCCUUGCCUAAAGGGCAGCGUAGCACUUUUAUUUAUUUGUACCUUCCCUGGAAAGUAGCAGUACCUUAACAUAGCAUCAGAAUGGAUAGAAAAGACUCUGAUGAAUCACUGCAGUUUUUCUUUUCAUUCUGAUUCUGUGGCGAACCCUCUUUAUUUCAGUGUGAAUGAUGAUUUUUAUAUAUAUAUUCUCCACUCUUCCAAAGAGAUGGUGAGAUAAUUGUGGACAAUGUAAGUUGGUGUUUUCCUAAACUUAAAAAAACAACAAAAAAAAAACAUGAUCAUAGUAAGAGAUGUUUUGAAUGAAGAGUUGGAGAGAAAGUGGUUUUAUGGUCUUGAAAUGGGCCUGGCUGUUUGCGUGUGUGAUUGUUUAAGAGGAGAGGAUCAGAUCUGUGUUUGACUCUGAAGAUGUAGAGAUAUGUCCCAGUCCCUUCCUCCAUAUUUAUUUUACCCAGGGUUUGAUUCCGUUGAGCGUUCACACUGAAUACAUUUCAAAUUAAAGUACACUCCAGGAUGUCAGUUAAAAACUUUAAAAUUACUUGAUUUUUGAUUGUGGUGUUGAAGUACAAAAUCGCUUCAAAAUGCAACACAUAAUAAAAAAGAGCAAUCUCCUCACAGCUGGAGACCAUUAAAUAUAAUUGCUCCCUGUUCUGAGACAGCUCCAGAAACUGUUCGAUCUGUGUUACUUUCUCUUCGAGAAACAAUCUGAUCUGUUCUCAAAUUGAUGAGUUUCCUCUUUGCGAGGUGUAGCUGAACUAUGUGAUGCAACAAAUGAAAUGUUUGCAUCAGCUUUUAGAAACAACAUUGUGUGUAGCAUCCCCACCUAACAAAGUUAAGCAUGCUGGUUACACUUUCAGAUCCAAACCUCUGCUGCGCUGCUGUUGUAUGAUCCUGCAUCAGCUUGUGACAGUGUGGUGAAGGAAGCCUCUCCUUCAGCUCUCUGAGUGCUCAUUUAAAAUGUUUUUUGAAAUGUAUGGUUGACAGCAACGUCUUACAGAACUUCCCACCAUAAAUGCUCAAUCAGUCUUUCUAUCAAAUACAAAAUGUAUGACUUUUUGUUGCCGAUUGCCACUUUCAACAGGAUUAUUUCCCCUUUUUUAACAGUCCCUUUGGUCCACUACAGUGUUGAAUUAUUUGUUAUGAGCCUGUUUUUGGUUUUUAUGUAUUAUAUAAUUAUUUUAUGUUUCAUCCCUCGAUUUGGAGCAGUUGCACAGCGGCUGUUAUUAACGACGUGGUGGAACGACUGGCCUUCUCUCUACACAGACUGUUGCCAUGGUGAUAAUAAUGAGAACAUGUGCAAAAGUAUUUCUGCAUAUUAUUAUUAUUGGCUGUACAAAAACAAAGUUUGUAUUUAUUGUGUACAAAUGUUAAUUAAUAAAAAAUAUUGAAAAGUU